ACACAUCCCAGGUCCAGCAAGACAUCUGUAGCUAUAAGAAAGCGCCAAAGGCAAGAAGGAAUGGGAAUAGGAGUCGCUGGGUGCCUCUCUCUCUCUCCUUUCAUCCUGGAGCCUCAAAGGGAUUUACGAGCUGUGAACAGAUUUUUUAUAGGGGAGGUGACCGACUUCCAUGCCCCACGGCUCCGGCGUCUGGGAGAGGCAAGGACAGAGUCGGAACCUCAGGGCAGCACUGGUAAUUAAACCAGAUUAGACGUAAUGGGUGAGAUUGGAAAAUGAGCAGGUGCAGGCGCGAAGUAGAUGGCGGCCGGCGAAAGCCUUGGGCCCGGCGCCCCAAGGACGGCCCGUCCUCAGUUUCCCAGUGGAGACUCGGGCUGAGGGAGGCAGGAUGUGGUGCGGGAGUUAAUGGACCGAGGGACGUUGGCAGAGGCGUGUACUGGGCAAAAUCGAAAUUCUUCCAUCUACCCUGUGGUCGGAGGGACCAGACCAUUAGUGGGACUAACGUAGAGGCCUGGAGCCGGGCCGGCCCGCAAGAGCCAGGUGACCUCGGUUUCUCCCUGAGACAGGGUGGGAAAGAACUUCUUGCGUUUGAGGGUUUUUAGUGUCUUGGCCUUUUAAGUAAUGGAUGAGGGGAAAAGAAGAACGGUUUAGGGUGGAGGAGGAAGGUGGCAUGAUGAGAAGGGGACUCCCGGGAUUUGGAAAAUGACUGGGGGUUCGUUAAGGGGUCCGUCCAGUGGCGUCGGGUGGCUCGGGUCCUUUAAGAGGUGGUGCAGUUUCCAUUUCGCUCCGCCUCCUUGGGAGGCCCCCAGCACUUAGAGCUCCAAGCUGUGCUCCGCGCGGGAGGGGGCGUGACUUAGGCUAGAGGGGGCGGGCCAGGGCGGGACGGGCCCGAGUGCUCCGCCCUCCGCAGAAUCUCCCUGCGGAGGGCGGCGGGCUACCGGGACCGGGUGCGGCGGUGUAGGCGGCGGCGCGGGGCAGCAUGGAUUGGGGCACCGAACUGUGGGAUCAGUUUGAGGUGCUGGAGCGCCACACGCUAUGGGGGCUGGACCUGUUGGACAGAUACGUGAAGUUCGUGAAAGAACGCACGGAGGUGGAACAGGCUUAUGCGAAGCAAUUGCGGAACUUGGUGAAAAAAUAUCUGCCCAAGAGACCUGCCAAAGAUGACCCUGAAUCCAAGUUCAGCCAGCAACAGUCCUUCAUGCAGAUUCUCCAGGAGGUGAAUGAUUUUGCAGGCCAACGGGAGCUGGUGGCCGAGAAUCUCAGUGUCCGCGUAUGUCUUGAGCUGGCCAAGUACUCACAGGAGAUGAAACAGGAGAGGAAAAUGCACUUCCAAGAAGGACGGCGAGCCCAGCAACAGCUGGAAAAUGGCUUCAAACAGCUGGAGAAUAGUAAGCGUAAAUUUGAGAGAGACUGCCGGGAAGCAGAGAAGGCAGCCCAGACGGCUGAGCGGCUAGACCAGGAUAUCAAUGCCACCAAGGCUGAUGUGGAGAAGGCCAAGCAGCAAGCUCACCUUCGAAGUCACAUGGCAGAGGAAAGCAAAAACGAAUAUGCAGCCCAACUACAACGCUAUAACCGAGACCAAGCCCACUUCUAUUUUUCACAGAUGCCCCAGAUAUUUGAUAAGCUGCAGGACAUGGAUGAACGCAGGGCCACGCGCCUGGGGGCUGGAUAUGGGCUGUUGUCAGAGGCAGAGCUGCAGGUGGUUCCCAUCAUUGCCAAGUGCUUAGAAGGCAUGAAGGUGGCUGCAGACGCUGUGGAUCCCAAGAACGACUCACAGGUCCUUAUAGAGCUGCACAAGUCAGGUUUUGCCCGCCCAGGAGAUGUGGAAUUCGAAGACUUCAGCCAGCCCAUGAACCGCGCACCCUCGGAUAGCAGCCUGGGCACCCCCUCAGAUGGACGAUCCGAGCUCCGUGGCCCAGGCCGCACCCGUGCCAAGCGCUGGCCCUUCGGCAAGAAGAACAAGCAUUGCCCCCCACCCUUCUCCCCACUGGGGGGCUCUCUACCUUUGGCAUUGCCUAAUGGACCCCCAUCCCCCCGCUCCGGCCACGAUCCCUUUGCCAUACUGAGUGAGAUCAGUAAGUCGGUCAAACCAAGGCUAGCAUCCUUCCGCAGCCUUCGAGGCAGCCGUGGGACAGUGGUGACAGAGGAUUUUAGCCACUUGCCUCCAGAGCAGCAGAGAAAGCGGCUUCAACAGCAGUUGGAGGAACGCAAUCGUGAACUUCAGAAAGAGGUUGACCAGAGGGAAGCCCUAAAAAAAAUGAAGGAUGUCUACGAGAAGACACCCCAGAUGGGGGACCCUGCCAGCUUGGAGCCCCGGAUCAUGGAAACCCUGAGCAACAUUGAACGGCUGAAAUUGGAAGUGCAGAAGUAUGAGACAUGGCUGGCAGAAGCCGAAAGUCGGGUCCUAAGCAACAAGGGGGACAGCCUGGGCCGGCAUGCCCGGCCUCCUGACCCCCCAGCCAGUGCCCCACCAGAUGAUGGCAGUAAUAGCAAUGUGUCACAAGACAACAAGGAAUGUUCUGAAGAGCCUCUCUCAGAUGAAGGCCAGGAUGCCCCCAUUUACACCGAGUUUGAUGAGGAUUUUGAGGAGGAACCUGUUACCCCCAUAGGCCACUGCGUGGCUAUCUAUCACUUUGAAGGGUCCAGUGAGGGCACCAUCUCCAUGACCGAGGGUGAAGACCUCAGCCUCAUGGAAGAAGACAAAGGUGAUGGCUGGACCCGAGUCAGGCGGAAAGAGGGAGGUGAGGGCUAUGUGCCCACCUCCUACCUCCGAGUCAUGCUCAACUGAACCUUGCCAAGGCGGGAAGAGAGGCUGCUGUCGGCUGCUGCUUCUGGGCCACAGGGGACUCUAGGACCUAUGCACUUUAUUUCUGCCCCUGUGGCUUUGGCUGAGACCUGUGUAACCUGCUGUCUCCUCCCCAAUCCCACCUGUCACUCCAGAUGGUCCCGCUGUGCCUUUCACCAUUGAUGUACAUACUUAUGUUUCGAAAUCAUUUCUUCCUGCUGCUCGAGU